GUCCAACGGCAGUAAAAAUCAGGCGAAGAUCGUUUGAGGAUCAUAUGCUGGGGCAUCCUCUGCCAGGCAGUCCGCAGUUGAAUUCAGAACAAAUCGGAACGUGUGAUGAUCUCUUAGCAAGUCGUAAAGAAAGUGCACAUAUCUCGACCGCACAUACUAAAAAUUUGUCAUUCGUGAAUUUGGGGAGUUUGAACAGUGGAUCAACGUCAAGAUCAUGGAACGGAUCUUCAGUGGAUAUAUCAAAGCGCACGGAUACGCGAUCGCUGUGUGCUCCCUCAUGUUUGGGUGCAUCUUCGCCUUGAAUGUGGUCCACGUGGGAAAUUUUCCACAAACUGGUAGAAUCUUCGGAAACGACGAUCAGGGCGAGGACGGCGCCAGCAGCAGCAGUAGUGACAUUGAUGUCGAUCGGAUAAGCACCGGCCAAACCUACUUCCGAAUGCAUCCGAUGGGUCAGUUGGUUUUCUCGUUGGCCUGGGUGCUGACGGGGACGAUCUUCCUGGUGGGACUGCUGUUCGAGAAGAAGAAGACCAUACUGCCCUUUGCCAGCGUUUUCACCAUCGAUUGGAGCGUCAUUCUGAUCCGACAUCUGACCGCUCUGGAGCAGAGAAGUUUCCAGGAGGUGGUCCUUUCGUCCGGUACUGCAGUAUUAGUGGUAAUCCCUGUGUACGUAGGCUUCACUCUAGCCGCCCUACACCGAUUGUUUGAGCAACGUUCCCGAGAACGAGCCCAGCUAGCCGAAGAGAACGGAGACUUAGAAAACGGCCGGAAACCGGUGAAAUUCAUACUUGGUGACGAAUUUGACGAUUCUUGGAUCAGCUAGGCAUCGAACGAAGAUUACCUAAUUGAAUCGAUAGUGGUAGCAACGCUUAGUAUUAACAUCCCUUCCAAGAACAGAAAACAUGUGUCCUUUUUGUUUGUAAAUAUUAUUCUUGUAAGAAAGGGGCAAAACAAAUCAACCUAUUGAACUGAAUCGUACAAAACAGCGAGUAUUCUUGAUCAUUGAUUCGAUCGGUCCCUAUGGCUUGGAGUAAACAUAAUGAUCAUUAGGGGAGCGGCUGAUCACCACCAAAUGACGUGUUGUCGAAGCCUCUACCCAGUAGAAUGAAAACUUGGUUGCAUUAUCUCGACGUGGUGAGGCGUUCCCCAAUCGAAAUUCAGCUUCGAACGGUUCGCAGCCUUAUCAGUGUUGUUUAUACGCUCAUCGAAGAUCAUCCAAGUGAAGAAAUAUGCUGUUGUCAAUUCAAACUCAGUCAAUCCCCAGGGCUGGCGUAGAGAACAUUGAUCCUCGACAGAAUGUACAAACCACUAGCGAGAUACGUCAAAUUCAAUGGAUAUCUGAUCUUCGUCUGCACGCUACUGAUCGUGUUCUACGAAACGAUAUCGCUGACUCGGCAAACUCUGUACUAUGAGCAAAACCAGCAAGUUCUGCAAGAAUACAACUUUAUCAGGAGGCAUUUGGUUGGACGAUGGAUUGCCGCAGUCGUUUGGUUGGUAGCCCUGGCGUCGUAUUUUCUUGCGAUGCAAUGGAAAGAUGCCGGAUUUUUGAAGCCUGCCGAACUUCUCUUCUGGAUCGAUUUCCUAAUGGUGCUCUUUGAGGAUGUCAUCCGAACGUGCAAGGGAGAUGGUGACGAAAGGUUCAUCAGGGACGAGCAAUGUUUGGUCGUCUAUGUGGUGAUUGUGGUCUAUGUGCUGUAUACUAUUAACAUGUUGAAAACACUGUUCCAGAAGUCACACUUGGAGGUGAAGAGCAGGGAAAGCAAAAUAAACUUAAUCAAAAGCUUAGGAUUUACAGUAUGAAAUCGGGAAUUCGCGCCAAAAUUGAAAUAUAUUCGACUGAUUUUUUUUUUCA